CAGAACGGGAAGCAUUCCUUCAAAUCACCCGCGAAAAUCCACCGAAGAGAAAUACAACAAGUCUGUCACUCGCUUUCCACCACAAUGCUCGCCACGUCUGACAUACACGCAGCAGAGGGUCGAGAAUCGGAGGUGGAGGAGAAGAAGUCUGCAGAGGAGGUGGAGGAGAAGAAGGAGAAGAAGAACUUUGGUGUUUUCUGCGAUGAGCGCGGGUAUCUGGACCAGAUCGAGCUCAUCAUGCAGCAGGGCCGCAGGAAGGGAGACCGAACCGGGACCGGAGUCCUCUCCGUGUUCGGUGCUCAGGCCAGAUACAGUCUGAGAGACCAGUUCCCCUUGCUGACGACCAAGAGAGUGUUUUGGAAAGGCAUCCUAGAAGAACUGCUGUGGUUUAUUAAGGGAUCGACGAAUGCCAAGGAGCUCUCGGAGAAAGGGGUGAAGAUUUGGGAGGCCAACGGGUCGCGGGACUUCCUGGACAACCUCGGGUUCUCCGAGAGAGAGGAGGGCGACCUGGGGCCCGUGUACGGUUUCCAGUGGAGGCACUUUGGCGCCGAGUACACGAACAUGCACGAAGAUUACACGGGACGAGGCGUUGACCAGCUGCAGAACGUCAUCGACACCAUCAAAAAGAACCCGGAGGACCGGCGGAUCAUCAUGUGUGCUUGGAACCCCAAAGACCUCCCCCUCAUGGCGCUGCCCCCCUGCCACGCCCUGUGUCAGUUCUACGUGUGCGACGGCGAGCUGUCGUGUCAGCUGUACCAGCGCUCGGGCGACAUGGGCCUCGGGGUGCCCUUCAAUAUCGCCAGCUACGCGCUGCUCACCUACAUGAUCGCACACAUCACGGGACUCUCGCCGGGCGACUUUGUUCACACGCUGGGAGACGCUCACAUCUACGUCAACCACACGGAACCUCUCAAAAUACAGCUGCAGAGGGAGAUCCGGCCCUUCCCCAAGCUGAAGAUCCUGAGAAAAGUGGAGAGCAUCGAUGAUUUCCGAGCAGAGGACUUUGAGAUCUGCGACUACAACCCUCAUCCCGCCAUUAAGAUGCAGAUGGCCGUGUAGAGAUCAAAAACGCCAACAGUUCAGUAGAUCAGAAUUUUAUUUAAUGCCUUUCUGAUUUUGGUGAACGGACACAUAAAACCAAACCUUUUACCGAAAAGUAUCUUCGCUGAUAAUUUAUCUGCAAGAAUCACAGUUGUGAAGUGGUUUUCAGUUAUUAUCAGAAAAUAAAAUGUAGGUAAAGAAUGAA